UAUCAUGCUCUGCUUGAUAUUGAUUUCUUAGUUCUUUAGCAGAAGAAAUACCAUGCUUGAGAUUCAGUCAUGAGAUGGUUUCUUUUUCGUGCGCAGUUGAACCGUUGUCUCAAAUAAAAUCGUUUGCUGGUUUUGUUUAUUAUCUUGUUCUUUAAUAACUACCUAUUGGCAACAAGUAUUAUAAUCAUUCGAUCAUUAAACAGUUUCUAAGAUUCUAUCAAUUAUUUUUCAUGUAGUUAUUAAUUGGGAUAAAUAUGUUGAUUGAAAAAAUAAACUGCCUUUACAAACGUUUUAUCUGACAAAUGUGCUUAACAAGGAAGAAAAGUCAACACCGGAAUGUAUCAUGAAAUCCGCACGCAUUUUUCUCGAAUACCAUUGCGUAUUUUGUACAAAAAUCUGUGCAUCUUCAUUCUGUCCCUUCCAAUCGUCACCUUAAUAUUUGUACUUCUGUACUCUCCUCAGGAAUCUUUCAGAUCAUAUGUUUACUCUAUCGGUAGCUCCGAAAAUCUCAGAAAUUCUUUGAGGACCAUCCAUGCUUUGGAAAAUCCAAUUGAAUCAGCAAAGAAAGAACAAUCCAACAACUUUACCAUUCACGUCUGGCGUCAUGGAGAACGGAUGAAAAGACGCUUUCUGAGGUCUUACGGGAAAGUUUCCAAAGAUCCAUUUGAAUUCUGCAGUGUUAGUAACUGCGUGUUAUCCACUAACGACUCCAUUGUCAAUAACAGUGACGCUGUUUUAUUUCACCUCCAUCAAACCAAAGGACCACACACGCUACCUUCAGAACAUCCAGAUCAUCAGAUCUGGAUAUUUUUCACCGAUGAAUCUCCUUUGCACACAUUCUACGCUUCUAGAAAGUACUCUAUGAAAGAUUAUAACGGACUUUUCAAUUGGAGUAUGACAUAUCGUAGUGAUUCGGAUAUACCCGUUCCUUAUGGAAGAACAGUUCCUUUAUCCGACACCGAGAAAGAACAGUUCAAGCCAAAGAAUCACGCAGCUGUUAAAUCGCGUGGUAUUGCCAUUUUGGGUAGUAACUGCGGUGGACAGAAUCAUAGAUGGGACUAUGUGCAUGAAUUGCAAAACUAUAUCUCCGUAGAUAUUUAUGGAGGUUGUGGCACGCAUAAAUGUCCUGGUCAUUUCAUGAAAGAUUGCCCAAUCAUCAGUGAUUAUAAAUUCUACUUGGCUUUUGAGAACUCAAACUGUAGAGAGUAUAUCACAGAGAAACUUUGGUGGAAUGCUUACCAUAAAGAAGCUGUACCUGUUGUAAUGGGAGCUCCUAAAGAAGACUACUUAAAACUAUGUCCACCUAAAUCGUUCAUCCAUACAGACGAUUUUAAAUCGCCAGCAGAUUUGGCUAAGUACUUAGAGUUUCUCAUGGAAGAUGACGAGGCUUAUAACUCAUACUUUGAAUGGCAACAGGAGUUCAAAGUUGUUAAUGAGCAUGGUUACUUCGGUUCCCCAUCAUUGCAUUUGUGUCGUAUUUGUGAAGCUCUGAAUUAUAAACGUUCCAAUUUGCCAAAGAUUUAUGAUAAUUUGGAUUCUUUUUGGAAUCCAAAGACGGACUGCUUCAAAGCUUCUUGGAAACCAGCCAACUGAUGUUAAUUUAUUUAUAAGUAAAUUAUUUUUAUUUAAAAUUUGUUAAAUUAAAAGAAACUACAACA